AUGUCCUGUGGCGCAACGCGCGGCAUUGACUUUGAAAUCCAAGUCCUGUUCAAAGCUUCGAUGUCCGCCAAUACAGCCGGUCCAAAUGCUGUUGCAGCGCAGGGACAGCAACCUGUGCAGGAUGAGUCUCCUUUCCGCAAAGUGUUUGGGAUCAUCCAGGCCUAUUCAGCAUGGCCAUUGGGCAUCCCCCUCUCCGUACACGUCCACCUUUCAACUGAUCCUACAGGCAACAUCUUUGCCAAGUCGGAAGAGAACGCUAAACUGCCCCAUUUCGUAUGGGAAAAUAUCACGUUUGGGGAUUGGAACGAAGCACGGACAAUAGAGUACAACGUCGAUUUGCCUGAGUCUGUACAACACAAUGGUUCGCUGUGGGCAGAUAUCUUCGUGGUCAGGGAUAGUGCGGAUCUGGACCCUUUCAAACCAAAUUUCAAUCCGAACACCGUGCAUCAUGCCAGGAAACUGCUAACGCGGUAUCUGCCCAGGCCAAGGGUCCGCAAAGAAAGGCUUCUACUGAAGGGAGAGGAGCUCGAGGAAGAUGCUGACGAUGUCAAUUUAACCCUAGCACUGGUGUCGGAUACGCCCGUGUUGCAGUACGCACAACUGCCCCCACCAGUUGCGGCUCACGUUCAACUCGUGCCCGGCCAACGCGAUGAAACUGGCACGAAGGGCUACUACAAGCCUAUUAUUUUCCCCAACGAGUUCUGGAAUUUCCGCUCGCAAUACGUUGAGAUCAACACGACCACGCCUACUCUCCCUAUUCAAUUCGUGUUCCAGCCAAUGUCGUAUUUCAAGUUCCAGUUAUUCUCAUCAAUGACGGUUGGGUUUGAAGAGGCCGCCAAACAACAAGGCGGCAGCUCCGGAGCUGAGCUUGACGAGCUCAAGCGCAUGCUUAUCGAGACGAAUCCGUGGUUUCUGGGGUUGACUGGUCUGGUCAGCAUACUGCAUGUAUUGUUUGAGAUGUUGGCAUUCAAAUCCGAUGUCUCUCAUUGGAGACACAAGAACGAGUUGACGGGAGUAUCUGUUCGGUCAAUUGUCACCAAUGUUUUUGUUCAAUUAGUUGUCUUGUUGUACUUGAUCGACAACAAUACUGACACGAGCUGGAUGAUUCUCAUGGGAUCUGGCAUGGGGUUGCUCAUCGAGGCUUGGAAGAUCACUAAGGCUGUGGACAUCAGCAUUACAUCCACACCUGCCGGCUCGACCUUGCCUUGGCAGAUUGAAAUCAAAGACAAGCAUGUGCUCAGCGAAGAUGAGAAGAAAACACAAGAAUACGACAAGCUCGCAUUCCGCUAUGUUUCAUAUGUUGCCAUUCCGUGUCUCGCCAUUUAUACUGUGUACUCGCUACUAUACGAGAGUCAUAGAGGGUGGUAUAGCUUCGUCAUCUCGACGCUAACGUCUUUCGUUUACAUGUUCGGCUUCGCACAAUUAAUCCCACAACUAAUCAUCAACUACAAACUCAAGAGCGUGGCUCACAUGCCUAUGAAAGCCAUGAUUUACAAGUCGCUAUCUACCGUAAUUGAUGACCUCUUCGCCUUCAUCAUCAAGAUGCCCAUCCUUCACCGUCUUGCAUGUUUCAGGGACGACGUUGUCUUCCUCAUCUUCCUCUACCAGCGCUGGAUAUAUCGGGUUGAUCCCAAGCGAGUGAACGAAUAUGGCCAGGUCAUGGCUUCUGAUGCAGACACGGCAAUCGAGAAGAAAGUCAGAGAGUCGAAGAAGGACAAGUGACCGCUUAGAUAGGAUGUUGUAGGCACUCGUGAUUGAUUCACAGCUAUGAC